UGGCGGCAUGUCGUCAGUGCUGUGCUGUGUCGUGGUGAGUUGAAAUUUUCUCAAAUUUUCGUAAAAAUAACAUCAAAUUUUCAUUCAAAACUUGUGUAACUAAGAACCUCAAAAUUUAGCAUAGAAAAUUCGAAGUAACCAGUAUCUUGCGCAACCACUGGCCUUGACAAAAAAUUAUGAGCAUUACAGCACAAUACGCACCCAGCACGCAUUGAAGACAUCUGAGGAUUUCUUAUUAUUUAAUUUUUCAUAUGUUUCAUACAAAUUUUGAGUGACUGUGGAUUGUAAUUUUUUGUACUAUUGGAUUGUUUUUUUCUAUAUAUUGAGUAUUGUGAACUUGUUGAUGAUAAUUGAAUAUUGUAUAUUGUGAAUUGAAUAAUUUUCAAAGUGAGUCAUUUUUUAUUAAUUGCCUGGUAUCGGCUGCCAUAUUGACUUUGCGGGGUAUUUGCUAAAACAAGAAAUACCGGUUAACCAUUCUGUGAUAUUCACUACACUUAAGAAACGAUAAGAAGUGCGAAGAAGCUAAAUCAUAGUAUUGAAAGUAAAAUAUGUCCACGAAUCCUCAGUGGAAGACUUUCCAGCCGCCCCCCGACACUCUCAAUCAAGACUCCAACAUCAUGGAUUUCAAACCUAUGACUAGUACCGGCAAACCAUCUCAAGCAUUUAAUUUUAGUCGUUCAACUUCGAGUUCUCGGUUCGGGGAUUUUCCCAUGUUACAGGAAAAGUCGCUGCCUUACAGUAACGGCCUGUACGCAUCCUCAAGCACCACACACACGUCGCCACGUUUCCCCAUCGGGACGUUCUCCAUAGAUUCCAAUAACGUGUACAACAGCAGUGGGGACAACUCAUUGAACAACAGCGUCUUUUCCAACGGUAACACCAGUAGCAGUUACAAUAACGACUCUUCUAAUUCGUCUAACUUGGGGACGAGGGAGACUGGAAUUAUCGAGAAACUUUUGCACUCGUAUGGGUUCAUUCAAUGCUGUGAAAGGCAGGCGCGCCUUUUUUUUCACUUCAGUCAAUUCAGUGGGAAUAUCGAACACUUGAAAAUUGGAGACCCGGUAGAAUUCGAAAUGACUUACGACCGACGUACUGGCAAACCCAUCGCUAGCGCCGUUACUAAAAUUGCACCGGAAGUUGUUAUGAGCGAGGAGAGGGUAACCGGCACAGUCACGACUGAAGUGAAAGCCUCUGAGGGUUCAGGUGGCGACACGACCGGCAGAAUUAGUUACGAGAACAGAGGGGAGUGCUUCUUUCUGCCUUACACCAAAGACGACGUCGAAGGGAAUGUCACGCUAAGAUCUGGAGACAAAGUCAGUUUCCAAAUUGCAACUAAUAAUCGUGGUAAUCUUGGUGCUUGCCAUGUGCGUCUUGAAAACCCUGCUCAUCCGGUCAAAUAUCAAGGUGUUGUCUGUUCGAUGAAGGAAAGCUUCGGAUUCAUAGAAAGGGCCGAUGUUGUCAAAGAGAUUUUCUUCCACUUUUCAGAAGCCAAAACCAAAGAAGAACUGAGAUUAGGAGACGACGUUGAAUAUAUUAUUCAAACCCGAAACGGCAAAGAAGUUGCCUGCAAUAUUACACGACUCCCGCCGGGAACAGUCAUAUUCGAAGAUCUAAAGCCCGAAAUCCUAAAAGGCCAAGUUUUGAAACCAAUCGACCGAGGUCCAAGGAAUCCAAACGACGCCCUUCCCGGACGCAUAAGAUACAGGGCCCCCGAUCACUCGGAAGUAGAAAUUUCGUUCAGCGAAAAAGACCAGAUGGGGGAUUUCACUCUGCGGCACGGCGAUUGGGUGCAGUUCCAAAUCGCUACCGACAGGCGGGACGCCUUGGACCGCGCCACCCACAUCCUCCUUCUAGACGAGAGCUUUAGGGUGUCGGGCGAGAAACGGGAGCAGGGAGUGGUGGCCUCCAUCAAGGAGGGAUUUGGUUUCUUGAAGUGUGUCGAGAGGGAGGCAAGGUUGUUUUUCCACUUCAAUGAGAUAUUAGACGUUGACCGUACGAAUGAAAUACAAACAGGUGACGAGUUUGAGUUCACUGUUGCUCAGGAUCAAACGAGUUCGAGCAUGUUCUCAAAUAAUCGACAAAGUGCCAUUAGGAUGAAAUGGUUACCGCCGGGUACUGUUCAGUUCGAGGUUAGGGUAGAAAACGACGUUACUGGAAUGGUCACCAAGGAUAUCCCGCCGAGCAACUGGUCCAACCGCAGUCCGGCCAAGAACCAGAACAGCUUCAACGGUGAGCCCGGCAGCGAAUCGGGGCUCAUCGGUUAUACCGUCAAUGGGAUUAAGAAAACCAUUCCGUUCUAUUCCAAAGAUUGCGACUUGAAGCAUUAUCCAAGAUUGGGUGAUAAAAUUCAGUUUAAUAUAAACCAAGUAAAGCGAAACAAAGAGUACAUAGCUGUCGACAUACAAAUACUGCAAUCGGCGUCUCAAACUAACGGUAUUAAACACAGCAUUUCAAGGAACAACAGCCAGGUUUAUCAAGGAUUCAUAGCCGCGUUAAAGGACGGGUUCGGAUUUAUAGAGACCAUCCAACACGACAAGGAAGUUUUCUUUCACUUUAGCAACUUCGAGGGCGAAGCCGCCAGUCUCGAGCUAGGCCAGGAAGUAGAAUACAACCUGGGGAGCAGGGGCAAUUCCGGAUCCUGCUCGUCGGCCGAAAACGUCAAAGUAAUACCGAAGGGAACCAUAACGCUUCCCGAGGUGAACGGGGACAUACUGGAAGGUACCGUGGUGCGCCCCCUUAGAUCCGUCAAUCCUGACCAGACCGAGUAUUCAGGGCUGAUCAAGAUAAAGAGCGAUAAUCCAGAAGACAAGCCCGUCGAGUACGAGUUUGGGAUCAUGGGACUCGUCAACAAACGGGAACUGUUGCAAGUCGGUGAUCACGUCCAGCUGCAGGUAGACGCCACUGGUAGGGCCGCCAAUAUCGUGGCUGUGAGGAAGAAACUGAGGGCCGCCGUGGACGCGAUAAAGGGACAUUUCGGGUUCUUGGCGUACGAGGUAGAGGAGGGGAAGAAGCUGUUUUUCCACAUGACGGAAGUGAAGGAUAACGUCAGCUUGCAGGUGGGCGACACCGUUGAAUUCGUGCUCGUGACUAAUCACAGGAGCGGCAAAUCUUCUGCAUGCAAUGUUGUUAAAGUCAGUGAUGUACAGGCGAGACCAGAAAGACUAAUAAGUAGACUGCGUACCAUCUCCGUAGAUGAUACAGGACCUAAAUUGAUACUUGUACGCCAACCAAAGGGGCCCGACGGCUCAAAGGGAUUCUCACCCGAAGCACGUACCCAGCGAUUGGCUGGUGCCGUGCCCGAAUAAUCUGAAUAGUCAUUGAUUUAAGUCAUUUUCAUUCAUGUCAUUUACAAAACUGUAGCAACUAACUUACUCUUGUCUUAGCAAUGGAGUUGGAAUUAUAUACUGUAUUUAUAAACUAAGUCUUAAUUAAGAUCCGUAAGAACAAUAUUAAAAAAAAAAAAAGAAUUUGGUUCUAGGCGGAAAUAGCGACGACAAAUAAGUCUAUUAGAGGAAGGUCAGUUAGGUGAAAAUUAAUCAACAAAAUUAAGCCAAUUUGAAAUGUCAAGUUUACUAGGUUUUGUCAAAUAAAAGAAUAGCUGAUGAUUGAAUUC